AUGCAGGGCACGCCGCCGCAGGACAACGGGCGCGGGGCCGUGGAGAGGCCGCGAGCCGGGAGUGGGUGCCAGGCGCAGACUGGCCGGGCGCUCCACACCGCGCGGGGCUCAGACGCCGCUCCCACGCAGCGACAUCCGAAGCCGCAGCCAGCGCCGCUGCUUCCUCCUCCCGCCCCUCCCCCAAGCCCUUUCGCCCGCGCCGCGCGGGGCACGCCGGGUAACGCGGCCGGCGGCGUCGCCGAGUCAUCCCAGUCCGACGCCGCUUCCGGCUCCCCUGGUGUUCCUUUUCCUCCCUUGCUCCAUUGGCCCGCGUGCGCUGCCCAGAACAUCAUCCAUGACAACUUCGGCAUUGUGGAGGGACUCAUGACCACAGUCCACACCAUCACUGCCACCAAGAAGACUGUGGAUAUCUCCUCUGGGAAGCUGUGGUGUAACAGCCAUGGAGCUGCCCAGAACAUUAUCCCUGCAUCCACUGGUGCUGCCAAGGCUGUGGGCAAGGUCAUCCUGGAGCUGAAUGGGAAGCUCACAGGUAUGGUCUUCCAAGUGCCCACUCUCAACAUGUCAGUGGUGGAUCUAACCUGCCACCUGGAGAAAGCAGCUAAAUGCAAUGACAUCAAGAAGAAGGUGAAGCAGCCAUCAGAUGGUCCCUUCAAAGGCAUCCUGGGCUACACCGAGGACCAGGUUGUGUCUUAUGAUUUCAACAGUGGCACCCACUUUUCCACCUUUGAUGCUGGGACUGGCAUCACCCUGAAUGACCACUUCGUCAAGCUCAUUUCCUGGUAUGACAAUGAAUUUGGCUACAGCAACAGGGUGGUGGACCUCACGGUCCACAUGGCCUCCAAGGAGGAAGUGCUCCCCCCACAGCCCAGUGAGAUCAGAGGAACAGAGAGGUCAUGCUGUAGAAGUCACUGCCCUACUCAGUCUCAACACUGA